AAAAAAACCAAUUCAUAGAAAAAUCAAUAACCCAUUUGAAAGUUGAACUAAGAGAAACACACAAAAACAUAUAAUUAAAGCAAAGGGAACAAACAAGAAACAAAAUAAAAAAAAAAAAAAAAAUUAAGAAAUAUGCAAUCACCUUGCAUUAGAGAAGCCUCAAAAGCUCUCAUUCAUGGUUGCUGUGCAGCACCUUUUGUCGGCCUUCCAGACUCUCAUAGUUCUCACUCUCCAGAUCCCACGCAGAGUGUUUGGGUAGCAGGUUCUGACCACCAUUUUGCUCUUGCCACAGCUUCCACUCUUCCGCCAAACUCCCAAUUCACAAACCAUGAAUCUCUUCCUUCUUUGCUUGAAUCUUUUUCCAAAUUCAUUCGAGCUUAUCCACAAUACUCUGAGACUCAUCUGGCUGAUCAAAUCCGAUCCCAACAAUAUUACCAUCUCACCAUCUCUAACCAUGUUUGUCUAGAUUAUGUCGGUCAUGGCCUUUUCUCUUUUUCUCAGCAGCACCGGAAACAUUUUUCAUCAUCAACAGCUUCUUUUGCUUCAUCAUCUUCUGCUCCUCCUCCGCCUCCUCCAAUUGUCCAAUAUUCAUCUGAACCUAAUUUUUUCGAUAUUUCCUACAAGUCUGUGAACUUGAAAUCUCAGUUACUUCAUGGUGGGAAAGACUCAGAGAUCGAGAUGAAAGUGAGAAGCAGAAUUAUGGAGUUUAUGAACGUCUCAGAAGAUGAUUACACCAUGGUAUUUACUGCUAAUCAAUCAUCUGCUUUGAAACUUUUGGCCGAUUCUUAUCCGUUUCAGACUAACAGAAAUCUACUAACAGUUUAUGAUUAUAAGAAUGAGGCAGUGGAAGUGAUGAUUGAGAGCUCUAAGAAAAGAGGAGCAAGAGUCAUGGCGGCUGAGUAUUCAUGGCCCAAUAUGAGAAUCCAAUCGAGGAAAUUAAGAAAGAUGGUGGUUCAUAAGAGGAACACGAGAAAAAGAGGACUGUUUGUUUUUCCUCUUCAGUCUAGAAUGACUGGAGCUCGGUAUCCAUAUCUAUGGAUGAGCAUAGCUAGGGAAAAUGGCUGGCAUGUCUUGCUUGACGCUUGUUCACUAGGACCUAAGGACAUGGAAACCUUGGGACUUGCUCUGUUCAGGCCUGACUUUCUCAUUUGCUCAUUUUUCAAAAUUUUUGGAGAGAACCCAUCUGGGUUUGGGUGUUUGUUUGUCAAGAAAACCAUUGUUUCUCUCUUAACGGAUUCAACUUCUUCUACUAGUAUUGGUAUAGUGAGCCUUCUCCCAACAUCAACACUAUUACCAUCUCAUUUCCCUCAAGAAUCAUCAACAACUGAAGACAAAGAAACUGAACAAAAAUGGAACUUCGAUUCAGAUGGUUUGGCCGUGUCUAACAUUGAAGAAGUGUCAUUGGAGAAAAGGGAAACUUCAUUCUCAGAACUAGUGGAGUCAAAGACAAUACCUUUUGAAUCUGACCAAACCAAGAACAAAAGUGUUGGUGGAAACUCAGAGAUUGAAUUCAGGGGUUUGGAUCAUGCAGAUUCGUUGGGUCUUAUACUGAUUAGUAGCAGAGUUAAAUACUUGAUCAACUGGCUGGUGAAUGCAUUAAUAAGUCUUCAACAUCCACAUGCUGAAAAUGGCCCUCCUCUAAUCAGAAUCUAUGGACCAAAGAUAAGACCAGACAGAGGACCAAGUGUUGCUUUCAAUGUGUUUGAUUGGAAAGGAGAAAAGAUUGAUCCUGCACUUGUACAGAAGCUAGCAGAUCGAAAUAAUAUAUCUCUAAGCUAUGGAUUUUUGCAACACAUCUGGUUUUCAGACAAGAAUGAAGAAGAGAGGGAGACAAAAAUAGAGAGAUUUACAGCUGAGACAAAAGGAAUUGGAGUGUCGAACAAAAGCAGAGCUGAAUAUCAUUCAGGUGGGAUAUCUGCAGUCACAGCUACCCUGGGGAUGCUGACAAACUUUGAAGACAUUUAUAGGCUAUGGGUUUUUGUUUCCAGGUUUCUAGAUGCAGAUUUUGUGGAGAAAGAAAGGUGGAGAUACUUGGCUCUCAACCAAAGAAAAAUUGAAGUUUGAAGAAUGGGUACAAUUUAUUCUUUCAUUCAUUUUGGCAUUUGUAGAAACAGUCAUCUAUUUAAAUGCUCAUAAUACAGAAAGUUUAAUUCAAAA